AAGCUACUUACUGUGAAACAUAGACAUUGAGUGAAAAAUACAUCUAGCAAAGAAAAAAAAAGAUAAAUAAAUCAUAUAAAUCAUAAUAGACGCAGAAAUAAUAGUAUAUUACUCAAAAACUUCAAUAUGGGAUGUGAUGGUGGAACUAUACCAAGACGUGAUGAGUUGGUGCGUCUCAAAAAGAAGCCAGAACAGAAAGACAAGGAUUCGGAACGCGAGUUCCGUUGGAGACAUUGCGCCAUAACACAGCAGCGACUACAGGAACCAAUAGUAAUGUGUGGCCUGGGACGAUUGUAUUCCAAACAAAAUGUUAUCGAACGCUUGUUGGAGAAGGAAACAAUGCCCGAUGUGGCUAAACACAUCAAAAAUCUCAAGGAUAUCAAACAGCUCAAUUUGACUCCCAAUCCAGCAUAUACUGAAACAGAGAAAUCCGAAGGUUUACUAGACACCAGUCAUGCUCCAUAUAUUUGCAAACUAACCGGGUUGGAAAUGUCUGGAAAAUUUCGUUUCAUUGGCAUGUGGUCUUGUGGCUGUGUCAUGUCAGAGAGAGCAUUAAAAGAAAUCAAGGGAAGUUCGGCAGGUGCUUGUCCAGUGUGUCAACAGCAAUUUGGUGUCGAAGAUGUUAUUGUAUUAAAUGGCAAUGAUGAUGAUUUGGAAUUGAUGCAGGCUAAAAUUGAUAUGCGUUUGGCAAAAAAGAAAGCAAGUAAAAAGGAUAAAAAGGAAAAGAAAGAUAAAACAAAUACAAAUAAUGCACCAGAGGCGGAUAAAGUUAAAGAGGAGAAGACCGAUGAUUUGCCUUCUACUAGCAAAGCGGCUAGUAGUGUAACUAAUGGUACAAAACCCGUUUCAAAGUUGGUGGCAAAUCCCAAACGUUUGGGAGCAGCCUCAGAUGCCAUGCAGGAUCCAGAGCUGAAGCGUUUGAAAACUGACUACAGUGUUGCCAAAGAUCCCAAGGCCAGCGAUGUCUUCAAAUCUUUGUUUACUUCUCAUAAAAGUGAACAGGAACAAAAUCGUGCCCAUUGGGUCACAUAUAAUCCGUUUUAUAACUAGCAUUAGCUUAAUUCUGGGAUAACAUAUUUCUGUUUACCAUAAAUAUCAUAGCUGUAUUUAAGGCGAUGCAAACAUUUGCAUAGUUCUAGGGAGAGUUUAGAAACAUAUUUUAAAGUAAUUAUUCAAUCAUGUAAAAUUCCAAGGCAUCAUCGAAAACACAACAAUAAUACAAAUUUUACUUAUUUCAAAAUACUUUUUUUAUUUUAAAAUCUAUGCUUAAAUUUACAAUGCUUAAUACUCUUUGAAAAUUAAAAUAAAAAAUAUAAUCGUUUUUUGGAUUACAAAAUA